GCCUGCGGGAGCCGCUCUCCCCGGCCCGGCCCCGGCUUCGCGCGUAGCGGCCGCAACCCCUGCCUCUCGCCCCCGGGGCCCACAGCAAGCCCGGGCCCGGCCCGGCCCGCGAGACCCCGGCCCGACCCCGCCGCCCGCACAAAAUGUCGGCCCGGACGCCAUUGCCGACGGUGAACGAGCGGGACACGGAGAACCAUACAUCUGUGGAUGGAUAUACCGAACCCCAUAUCCAGCCAACCAAAUCAAGUAGCAGACAGAACAUCCCUCGGUGUAGAAACUCCAUUACGUCAGCAACAGACGAACAGCCUCACAUUGGAAAUUACCGUUUACAAAAGACAAUAGGGAAGGGAAAUUUUGCCAAAGUAAAGUUGGCAAGGCAUGUUCUAACCGGUAGAGAGGUUGCUGUGAAAAUAAUAGACAAAACUCAGCUAAAUCCUACCAGUCUACAAAAGUUGUUUCGAGAAGUACGAAUAAUGAAGAUAUUGAAUCACCCUAACAUAGUAAAAUUGUUUGAAGUUAUUGAAACAGAGAAGACUCUCUAUUUAGUCAUGGAAUACGCGAGUGGGGGUGAAGUAUUUGAUUACUUAGUUGCCCAUGGAAGAAUGAAAGAAAAAGAGGCCCGUGCAAAAUUUAGGCAGAUUGUAUCUGCUGUACAGUAUUGUCAUCAAAAGUGUAUUGUUCAUCGUGAUCUUAAGGCUGAAAACCUUCUCCUUGAUGCUGAUAUGAAUAUUAAAAUUGCUGACUUUGGUUUUAGUAAUGAAUUUACAGUCGGGAACAAGUUGGACACAUUUUGUGGAAGCCCACCUUAUGCCGCUCCUGAGCUUUUCCAAGGGAAGAAGUACGACGGGCCUGAAGUGGAUGUGUGGAGCCUCGGCGUCAUUCUCUACACGUUAGUCAGUGGCUCCUUGCCUUUUGAUGGCCAGAAUUUAAAGGAACUGCGGGAGCGGGUCUUACGAGGGAAGUACCGUAUUCCCUUCUAUAUGUCCACAGACUGUGAAAACCUUUUGAAGAAAUUAUUAGUGCUGAAUCCAAUUAAGAGAGGCAGCUUAGAAUGUAGCAAUGGGGCUUUCUGACACGGACUCCAUGCUGGUUAGGAGACAGCCUUAUAGUGAGCCAUCCCUGUGUACAGAGCUCUCAGGUUAGUUUGGGCUUUGUAACUUUAUUACCACAGUACUUUUCACUGAAAGAUACAGUGUGUUUGGAUGGAAGUUUAGGGAUGGUGACUUCCACUGGGAAGUUAAAUGCUUUAUAUCAGUGAAUCAGUCAUCAGAUGUUUCUUACUGAAUUAUUUGUUUAAAUGUGAUUAGUUCCUUCCUAUAAUUUUUUUCUGUUUUGUUUUUUUUUUCCUUUGGGGGUCAAGCGACAUGUUAAUAAUGUUUUAAUAGAUAAAUCUAUGCAGUAAAAAAGCCCACUUUCAUAUUACUGCUCUUCUAAACUUACUUUCAACCAUUAUAAUAGAAAAUUAAGUGCAAUAGUUAGAAUUGUGGACACUUAUCAGUUCUAAAAUUUUAUAGGGACAAAAAACUUCUCUUAAUCCUGCUUUGUGACCCAUUUUUAUCACUGGAGUCAAAUUUAUAUGCAUGUCACUUAAUAAAAAAAUCUCCAGAGUUGAGGCAUCAGCUCAGCUAAUCAGCAGAGCAAAAAGACCAACAAAAAUUAUUUAAGGGGAAUAGAUGUUAAAAUCUCUGUGUACAGUUGAUAAGAUGUACUUGAUGUCUUAACGAUGAUUCAUUUACAAUAAUGGCCAAAUAUUUAACUCUUUUAUCCUUAACAUUAAAAUGUGAAGGAUUACAGUAUUAGAAUUCUCUGAGUAGAAUUAAAAAUCCAAAUUAUUAUUAUGAAAACAUUUGCUCAUCAGAAGUUCAACUUGAUGUAUUUGAGUAUAGUCUGAAACCUCCUGUUUCAGCUUAUCAAAACUGCGUUUUCCAGCUAUGGAACCAUGAGUCUACAUUGGAAAUGCUACCAUAAUAUUGCAGAUAUCACUAUACAAAGGCUGUUCUGCUUCACAAUUCCCAGAACUGACUUUCCAGAGAAACCUGAUACCAAUUUAAAUAAAAGAUUUCUUUUCCCAAAUCUUAAGAAACUCCCUUAGAAAUAACAAUGAUAUUAAAAAUUGUAUUAGUCUUCACUUUUAUCUUCAUAUGAACUUUAUUGUCAACUUUGCAAUUAAAAUAAAUCUAUGAACUUUUAAAAACAGCCAUUUUCAAAACACCAAUCUGCAGUAUGUAAACAAAUUUUUAUACAGUAAUAUGCCUUCAUAUUGCUUUCUUUUUUUUUUUUUAACUUAAACGUUUAUAGUUUGUACUCUUUGCUUUAUCAUGAGAAUGAUUUCCUUCCCUUUAUGUAUCAAAGUUUAACUGUUUUCUUGUUUGUUGUGUAUUUGAACUGUUUUCAUUGUUUUUGCUAAAAUUAAUGUGAUAAACUUUUUUCCUUCGGGAUAUAUACUUAGAUAAAUACUCCAUGCCCAUAGUUUCUGAGUCAGAAGGUAAUAAGCAGUUUGCUAGGUCCUGUGUAGCAUUGCCAAAAGAUUGUAUGUGACCCAAAGCACUUGAGGGUAUCUGUUCACAGCUUGUUUCUGUAUUGGAUAGAAUAAUUUCUAGUAAUUGGUGUCUUUAUGGUAGUAAUACAGUCAUAAUCACCUUAAUUUGUGUUUCUUUCAUUGGAGAUGAUGCUCAGUGUUUUUAAUGAAUAGGUUAAGGGUGCUUCUUCAUGUCUAAGCUCUCUGUAUCCCUUUAACUGCUUGAUGGAAGGAGUCUGGUUAAUCAGCUUUAUAGACUUAUAUCAACUUUGUACAUUUUGAUAUGAAAUAUUUCCCAAUUCCCAUUUUUUUUUAAAUGGAACUUGAUGUAUUAUUUUUCAGUGUUAUUUGAGUAUCGUGAAUUACUGAGUAAACUCUAGUCUUUCCUGACUAUAUAAUUUGCUAAUAUUAAAAUUUGAUUUAAAGAAUCGUGAUUCAAAUAAUCUGCUUAUUGUCUUAUUAAACUUCUUAUUUAACUUACACACCUUCUUGUUGCUUCUUAGAUAUGACUAUGUAUUUCUUAGGGCCUUAUAAGUUACGUGCCUUAAUCCUCCAUGAGAACAAGAUUAAUGAAAAUGAUUUCAUAUUAUCCUUGCUUGACCUUUGAUUGUUUCUAGAUCUAAAUAGUUAUAUAGCUUUCUUAGGCUGUGUAUAUGAAUGCUUUCAGCUCUUCCUAAUUGGGAUCAUAAUGGGAGAGACAGGAUCACACAUGAUUUUAAAAGGAUUUGUGUUUCAUGCUGUGCACUUUUUUUCCCCCUAUUUAUUAGAAUAUUGGUAUGUCUGAAUUUUUUUUUUUAGAAAGAAGCUGAAAAACUCUUCUGCUGUCUCAUCUUUGUAUAUUUUCUUUAAUUUUUCCAGCCCUUAACCAAAAUGUUUAAAAUAAUAACAGUUUGAGCCUAAAGCAAAGCGCUUCCUUACUGCUUUUUCUGUGUAAUUUUUAGUCCUCAAGAAGUAUUUUUCUACUUUUAACAUUUUUUUCAGCUAAGAUAAUUUUAAAAAUCUUGCUUGUGUCUGCCUAGUACAAGUGGUAGUAAAGCAAAAACAAUAAUAACCAUUUUUGAAAUGAAAAUUUCUGAGUACAAAUUUGGAUGCAUAUGGGGUAUACUUUACAAAGGCUAAAACGAUUUAAGAAAAAUUAUUUUCAUCUGGCCAAUCUAAAGUCCAUAGUCUUUUAAUGUGUGGACCUAUGUGUAGGGUUUUUUUUUUCCUAUUGUUAAUUUGUCUAAUUCUUCAUAAUUCUGUGUCCAUUAUUUUGCAAGUAGUCAUCUCCAUUUACUGGCAGUGAUGGCUAAAGUAAACUUUCUUCAGUUUUGGAGUCUGGUUUGUCCUCUUGUUUCUUGUGUUGAGGUAUCUCAAAUGAAAUCUGAAAUGGAUUAGUUUGUUCACCUGGUCUAGUGCAGUGUAUUGGCCAUUGAACAAUAGCUCCCUAUUGCUCCUUCCUCCUAAUGCAGGCAAACAGCAUUCUACUUCCUGUUUCUAUGAGUUUUAUUUAAAACCAUCCUUUAUAUAAGUAGAUCUUUUAUUUAAAGGAUCUUAUAAGUAGAUCCUUUAUAUAAGUAGAAUCGUGCAGUGUUUGUUUUCCUGUGAUUGGCUAAUUUUUCUUAACAGUGUCCUCAGAGGUCAUCCACAUUAUAGCAUAUGUCAGAAUUCCCUUCUUUUCUAAGGCUAACACUUCACUGUAUGUGCAUAUCUCAUUUUCUUUAUCCAUCCGUCAGACAUUUAGACUCUUUCUACAUCUUGGCUAUUGUGAAUAAUGUUGCAGUGAACAUGGGUAUGAAAUAGCUCUUCAAGAUCCUGUUUUCAGUUACUUUGGAUAUAUACCUAGAAGUGGGAUUGCUGGAUCAGAUAGUUGUUCCAUUUUUAGUAUAUUAAGGAGCCUCCAUACUGUUUACCAUAGUAACAAUACCAUUUUACAGUCACACCAACAGUGCACAACAGUUUCAGUUUCUUCAUAUUCUCACCAACACUUGUUAUUUUCUUUUUUUUUUUUUUUUUGACAUUUGCCAUCCUAACAGAUAUGAGGUGAUAUCUCACUGUGAUUUUGAUUCCCCUGAUAAUCAGUAAUGUUGAGCCUCUUAUCAUACACUUAUUGGCUAUUUGUAUAUAUUCUUUGGAGAUAUACCUAUACAGGUCCUUUGCCCAUUUUUUAUUUUGUGCAAUUUUUUGUUGUUAUUGAGUUGUAGAAGUUGUUUAUAUAUUCUGAGUAUUAACCCCUUAUGUGAUAUAUGGUUUGCCAAUAGUUUCCUCAUUCCAUAGACUGCCUCUCCCAGGUUGCUUUUUAACAGCCCAGGGUUGACUGUUGUUUGAGUGUUGGCUUAAAUUUGACUCUGGUAAUGCACACCAGUGCCUGUUUUCACACUGAUUCUUAAUAAUUCAUAGUUCUAGGCUUAAAUCUUAACUGUCCUCUCUUCCCAUAUUCUCUAAGCUAUCAUCAUUGACUAACCCUGAUUUCCAUCUCCUAUGAUCUCUUCUUUCCUAAUGUUUUAGUGAGGAUUUUAAAAUAUAGCAGAUGAUUUUAAAAUCAGCAUGGUAGAUAUUUGGUAGAAGACCAGGAGAAAAAUCUCUUCAUUAUUCUUAACUAUAAAAAUACGAAGCAGAAGUUAAAAUCCGUAGGUUUUUAUGUUAAAAUUUUCAAAUGUGAAAAUACUCCUUUUAGAGGAACAUAGGCAGCAGGCAGUGUAUUUUGAGUCAGUUCAUUUGGUGAGUGUGCAGGAUGAUGGGUAUAGUUGUCAUAAGAUACAUUAAUACAAGUAUGUCUCAGGCCUAUACCUUCUGUUGGCCUGCUAAUUAAACUAGAAACAGUAACUUUAGUUUGAAAAUGUCACAUGAUUCUUGUUGAUUAAACUAGCAAAUUUCACAUUUACUAAAAUAUGAGCUAAUAUAAGUGGUUGAAUGUCCUGAUUGGCCAAAUAUAAUGUAGAGUUUAUUUCCUAGCAAAUAAUGAAAGAUCGGUGGAUGAAUGUUGGUCAUGAAGAAGAAGAACUAAAGCCAUAUGCUGAGCCUGAACCAGAUUUCAAUGACA